GUCAGAUACAGUUGCUACUACAGAGUUGGAGUUGCUCUUUAGUAAUCAAGCACUGGUACCUACCACCUGUGUGACAAACAGUCUGAACAUCCAGAACCUGCCAGCACAUCAUGGGAAACUGCACUUCAGGGAUAAAGAAGAAAAGGAAAGGGGAUUCUGCAAAUGAUAAAAGCAGCACAAAUAAUAAGCCUAAUGAGGAUGUUACGUACGCCUCUAUUGACCACAGCAAUGCCCAAGGAUCGAGAAGAACCAGAUCUACCACUGACAAUGACUGUGACUAUGCCACAGUUUAUAUCCCAGCAGCACUUCAACCUGAAACUGCAUCUCAGUGCUCAUCUAAAGAUGAAUGUGCAGACGAUUAUGUACUGAUGGGGUAGUAAACAGAAACAAGAGGAAACGUUCAUCUGAGCUACAUUGUACAUAAUAUCACAAACAAGAGAAAGUGUCUAAUAUAUUGUAAUGGUGUGCAAGAAGCUUAUAGUUGAACUGCCAAUCAAAGCUUGAUCUACAAUUAGGAAAAAAAGACAAAAUCAUUCACAAACAACAAAAUUCAGCCCAGAGUCAUUUCCACUUCUGUGAUAACUCAAGCCUGAACACAGCUGUGAUGUUCCUUCCUGAAGAGGACAAACUGCCUGUAUGUGCCUGGAUGUCCUGAAAUGUCUUGACAUUAGCAACAAUCUGGAAGUAGUAGAUGUUGCUCUUGAAAAUGUUUUGCCACUCAAGAGGAUUAAUCAGUUAUACAGAUCUACCAAAACAGCAACAUUUCCAAAACAGGAAAUGCAGGGGCUUCUGACAUACGACUGCUUCUUACAUCAUAUCCUGAAUGACAGAGAAUCCUAAAGCCACUGUGUGUCCAUUUUAUAUGUGAUUAUAGCGCCUUUUAAAUUGGUCUUAUUGUAUAACUUUUUAUUUACAGAUAUAAGUCAACAGAAUCAGUAUAGUCAGAGUGUUCGCUCCUCAGAAUUGCACACCUCCUAAAUAUACUAUAAAUAGAUAUUUAAGCUUGAAAACAUCAAACCCACAACCUGAAUGACUCAGAAUCUUGGUGUAUUCAGCAACCUGAAUGACUCAGUAACUCAGGGGUCUUUCAGUAUUCAGUAUGUUGAUAUCAGUUUUCAGGGGGUGCUGGCAUGCCUUGCUGUCUGUGACAGUGUAUUUGUUAAUACUUCCACCAGAAGUAACCAAAGUCAGAAACGCUCAACUUAGAAAAUGGAAAAUUUCAGCUGCCUAGACUGGCUUUUACAAAGUAAAUGUAUGUCCAAUUUGUGCCACUGCCACAUUAUCCAGUUCAUGAUGGAGAAUGUAAUUUUUAUAUAAUUUAUGUCCACACAGCAUUUUAGAGUUUGUGCUCCUGAGAAAUACUGCAGACC